CAAUGUGUUGUCUGCAUUGAAGCGCCAAAGGAACAUAGUCCGGAUAAGCAGAUACAAAUACCCAAGCUCCGUUGCUUACGAGGAGAAACCCCUCCGUAGUCGUGCAGGUCUUCCAGCUAAAAAUAUCAAUACACCAGCUUCAACCCACGUGGGCGGCGACAUCUUUGGUUGCGGAAAACAAACACAGCAUUACUACGUAGCCCAAAAGCACAGCCGUUGUACCAGCUUCCCGACAAGGUAGACCGCGACAGGAGCGUCACCUCACAGGCGUCAGACCAGAAACCAUGGACGUCUCCGUCAUCGCCUUGGGCCACACCAACGCCGACACGCCCGCCAUCCUCGACCCCGCCGCCGCCUGCCUCCCGGGCGCCUCCAUCACGGCCUCCGCCACUCCGCACGGCCACCGCAUCCUGGUCUGCCCCCCACUCAGCGUCGCCGACCUCGGCGCCGCCGACGCGCACAUCGCGCCCGCCGCCGACGCCGCCGCAACGUCCACAUACAGCAACGCCACCACGGUCCUGUACGUCGCCGACGUCGCGGGCUACCACCACCGCCAGCAGCAGGGCGGGCAGACGCGCAUCGAGGACGUCCUGGCCAGCUUCCGCACCGUCAGAGCCUGGAGCCGCGCGAGGGGCCUGCACAUGGUGGUCCUGCUGCGCGGCGCGGGGGCCUUCAAGGGGGAGCUGGCCGCGCACCCGCUCGAGGACUGCUUCCCGGGCUACAGCUGGGUCGACGACGCGACCAACGCGCAGGAUCUGGGUGCGCCCAUGGGGAUCGACGCGCUGGUGCGCAUGAUGAUGGCCGAGGAGGGAGAGGAGGCGUUGGGUGGCGACGGGGCGGCGGGGAAGCAGCCGGCUGUUUAUGUGCACUUUAUCGAGGAGGGGCGGGCGAGUGAGAAGGAUGUUGAUGUCGUCGUCAGGGCGAUGAAGGACAUUUACGACAAAAAUUGAGCUUGGAUGGACAGGGAAAAGCUGCCCGCAAUUGGCCAUGGUCAUCACAGGUGGAGGCAGAGGAUUCUCACGGACAGGGCGCAUACAAGUAAAAAGGGGCAUUAAAAAUUCAUCGUCGCGCUAACAUCCAUCUCGUGUCUACACUCGUCGCACCCAUAAGCUAAACCUACACAUUAUCUCCUCA